UCAUUUCUGGUAAAUAUCCCAGGGAAAUUAUCAGGCCGGUCCUCCAAGGAUGAAUCCACCAAUGCAUUACGGAAGUCCUGAAUCAUCUUAUAGUUCCCGCUCUUUGUCACGUGGGGAGGGUUCUAACUUCCAGCAUAGGCCUUAUCCAUCUUCUCAUCCCCCACCUCCACCAUCACAUCAUUACUCAUAUCUGGAGCCAGAUCACCAUAUAAAGUCGCGGAGAGAAGGUCCAUCAUACCAUCACAGAUCUCAUUACACACCGGAAUUUAACGAAAGGAAUUACCAUGAUAGCCAUGAGAGAAUGAGGCCUGCACCUUGUGAGGAUCGAGACAAUUGGAGAUAUCAUCCGCCCUCUUCCCAUGGCCCACGAUAUCAUGACAGAUACAAAGGCCCUUAUCAGUCUGACUCAUACAGUGGCCAUCACCGUGACUCUGGAAGGUUUCAGAACAAUAGGUGGAGCCAUUCUCCGCGUGCAUAUAACAAUAGACAUUCUUUUCACUACAAGCCGCAUUCGGAAGGUCCAGUUCCAGUAGGAAUGAGAGAUCCAGGGACGUGGCAUCAAAGGUGAAUAUGGAGAAAACAGAAACCGCUGUCUGCUCCAAGUCAUGGAAAAGAUAGAGAGCAACAAAUUUAGGUGUGGGUGGAUACUUGGUCUGUUGGCCACACUUGGAGAGAAGAUGUUAAUAUACAAAAAGGAGUAGUGUACAUAUUGACCAAAACAGCAUGAGCAAUGCAAUGCCAAAAAAAAAAAAACAGUCGUGAAAAAGAUGGUAAAAGCCAUUUGUUGUAGAGAUUUGAGAAAGAAAAAGAGAGAGUUAGUAAGUACCCUGACACUGAUUUAGGCAUUUAAUUUUGUAAACAUAACUUUUUUUUUAGUGGGUAAUAACUAAUAACAUUAGUAUGCGUUUAUGAGGA